GUAGGGCCCGGGCGGCGUGGCCCGCGCUCACCGUGCCGCGUCCCGCGCAGGAGGCGGCCCGGGGCCCGCGCCGCUGCCGCUUGCGGUGCGAGGCGGAGCGAGGAGGGGCCGAGCAGCGCCGCCGCCGCCAUCAUGCCCAACAUCAAGAUCUUCAGCGGGAGCUCGCACCAGGACCUGUCCCAGAAGAUCGCCGACCGCCUGGGCCUGGAGCUGGGCAAAGUGGUCACCAAGAAGUUCAGCAACCAGGAGACGUGUGUGGAAAUAGGAGAGAGUGUACGUGGGGAAGAUGUCUACAUUGUGCAGAGUGGCUGUGGUGAAAUCAAUGACAAUCUGAUGGAGCUCCUUAUCAUGAUAAAUGCCUGUAAGAUUGCCUCAGCCAGCAGAGUCACAGCUGUCAUCCCCUGCUUCCCUUACGCUCGGCAGGACAAAAAGGACAAGAGUCGAGCUCCAAUCUCUGCCAAGCUGGUUGCAAACAUGCUGUCUGUGGCAGGUGCAGAUCACAUCAUCACCAUGGACCUGCAUGCAUCUCAGAUUCAGGGCUUUUUUGACAUCCCUGUUGAUAACUUGUAUGCUGAGCCUGCUGUACUGAAAUGGAUCAAAGAGAAUAUUGCAGAGUGGAAGAACUGCACCAUUGUUUCACCAGAUGCUGGUGGAGCCAAGAGAGUGACGUCCAUCGCAGAUCGGCUCAACGUGGACUUCGCCCUCAUCCACAAGGAGCGCAAGAAGGCCAAUGAGGUGGAUCGCAUGGUGCUGGUGGGAGAUGUGAAGGACAGAGUGGCCAUCCUGGUAGAUGACAUGGCAGACACCUGUGGCACCAUCUGUCAUGCUGCAGACAAGCUUGUGUCAGCUGGAGCCACCAAAGUUUAUGCCAUUUUAACUCACGGGAUCUUCUCUGGGCCAGCCAUCUCCCGCAUCAACAAUGCCUGUUUUGAGGCAGUUGUAGUCACAAACACAAUACCCCAGGAGGACAAGAUGAAGCAGUGCCCUAAAAUCCAGGUGAUUGACAUCUCCAUGAUCCUUGCAGAGGCCAUCAGGAGGACUCAUAAUGGGGAAUCUGUCUCCUACCUAUUCAGCCAUGUCCCUUUAUAACAGUGGAUGUCAGCUGCUGCUUGUCUGGCUUUUGUUGUUGUUGUUUUUUCAAACCAAAAGUUGUUCAGCUUGUUGUAAAGUUCAGUAGAAGACUCUGCUUGUUCUCCACAGCUCCCCCUGCUGAAGUCAGGCUUCUUGCCUCUGAUCCCAACCCUGGGAGGCUGGCAGGGGAAGCUCAUCUCUCUUAACACUCCAGCUCCACCAGCAGCCCUUGGGGUGGGGUUCCUCAGUAGCAUUGACCUGUGGAGACUGACACAUGGCUGACAUGAUUGCCAGGGUGCUGGGGGGAGGGAGAGGCUUUGUCUGUGGGCAGGGUUAGAUGAUCUGGCAUGUGUACCCUAAAUUGUUUGCUAAGAGCUCCCUUAGGACACAUUGAUCUGGAUCUAUGGCAAAAGCUUGAGACUGCUGCUGGCUUCCUGACAGAAAGCCCUUCAGGAGCUACAGGGGAGGGCUUGUGCCUUGGCCAAGCCUGACCUUGGGUGGAGCCUGGAGGGGCACCCAAGAGGUGGCUCUGUUGCAGCUUCCUCCUGUGAAGGGAGAUGAGUGUAGCUUGCAAGCUUGAAUGCAUGUUCUUUACUGAUGAAAUGAAAUGCCCUUUAGCAUGCUCCACAGCAGAGUGAAGGUGGGAGCCCAGCCUGUGCAGCACUGCCCUGCUGCCUUACCUCAGUGCUGAGGGGAAGCCUGGACAAGCAUCCUGCUCCCUCUUACGUAGAGGCCUCAUGGUGGUCGUGUGCUUUAGUUUCCACUGUAGGCUGAAACCAGUUGCUCAGUUGCCCAGCUUACUGUUGGCCUUGCUAGUGAUUAGAGGACUGCUGUCAUGUACUGUAGCUUCACCUUGACUUGCUGUGUCAAUCCUUGAUCCCUUUUUUACCAGUACACCUUAAACUGAGCCUCUUCAUCCCACAGCAGCUCGGUUGUUGCAUCUGAGCACGUGCCUGCUCAGAUGCUGGGGUGGCCUAAUAGGUGACAGCUUUGUGGCCAGCUCCUCUCCCUGCCUGCAGUCCUGUAAGUUACUGACAUGGUGAUUGCCUGGUCACUGUCUGCCUUGCCUUGAAACUGUUGCUCCUUGCAAAAGAUCUGAGAGCAGGAGCACAAGAGGCUGCAGGACUGCAAGAGCUCAGGAGUGGGUCUGGUGCUGCUAAUGAGUGCUUGCAGCAGUGGGUCGAAGAGGCUGGUGAUACACAGUACUGGCAAAACUGUAGAUCUAACACCAACCUGACAGGCAGCAAAGUGCCUGAAACAAAAAGAUACCAAAACCAGAGCUGGCUGAGGCUCCCAGGUGCAGUAAAUGUCACCUGAGACUCUAAUACACACUAACUGUACCAGACAAUCCUAAGGUAAACUGUUAAGUCUCUCCUGGACUCUUGGGGGGUUAUAGACCAAGCUGUUUUAUAUCCUGGCUUUUAUAAGCACUCCUCUUAUUUGUUUCUUGAGCUGGAGGCAGGGAAGAAGGGAAAAGAAGUAGCAAGCAGCGUGGCUUUGAGAGGCACAGGGCUGACUGAUGGCCUUUGCAGACCUAGGGAAGUACUUCUUUAGUUGUGCCUUUACUCUCCCUUCCUAGAACUCCUGCCCUGUGUUAAUGUUACUACUCCUGUUAAUGUAGGGUUUUCCUUUCCUUUGGUGUUUGGCAAGUGUAUCUCUUGCUUCUUUGCUUUGCAUCCUGCACUGAGCUCUACCCAGAGUCUGAUUGCUGCCUCCCAUCCUGGAGCUGCUGCCGCAGCGCGCUGUCCCAGAGCUGCCAGCCAGGGCAUCAGCAGUGCUGGCAGGAGGCCCAGCAGCAUUUGUGUCCAAAAACAACUUAAGAUCUGAUGAAGGAAUUAAACUUUUAUUUAAAAAGCACA